AGAAACCCGUUGGUGUCCAAUACUGAAGAAAAACCCACGCAAGGCAGCACUGAAAUUAAAGCUGGAGGAAGACGCAUUCAUGGCAGACGAAUCAGGCUCCCAGUCACCUGCCCUAUCCAACCUCAAGCAAAAGAUUCUGCGCAUAAGUCAGAUACUCAAAUAUUUUACUGGAGAAAUGACGGAAUAUAACAAGUGGAUGAAAGAGCGGUGGCUGCCGCUGCAGUUCCUCGACUGGAGCCUGCGAGGAACGGCGCAGGUGAAUUUCGUCAACAACCCUCUCCGCGGUGUCCUCAUCCUGGCCGCGCUGCUGCUGCAGGAGCCCUGGUGGGCCCUCUGCGGGUACCUGGGCGUGCUCGCCGCCACCGCGGCCGCCCUUCUCCUCAAGCUCAGCAGGGCGAACGUGGCUGCGGGCCUCUACGGCUACAGCGGGCUCCUCGUGGGCAUCCUCAUGGCCGUGUUUUGCGAUCGAGGGCCCUGGUACUGGUGGCUCCUGAUCCCUGUCUCCAUCAUGGGCAUGCCGUGCUAAUCGGAGGAGCUGGCGAGCGCGCUCGCAUCUCUCUUCGCGCCCCUGGGAUUGCCCGUCUUCACGCUGCCCUUCAACAUCGCCGUGACGCUCUUCAUGGCCGCCACGGGCCACUACAACGCGCACUUCCCGCAGGCGCUCUUCCAGCCGCCGUCCGCCCACUACAACCUCACCUGGACGCAGCUCAGCGUGCCCAUGCUGCUGCGAGCGGUGCCCGUGGGUGUGGGCCAGGUGUACGCGUGCGACGACCCGUGGGCUGGCGGCGUCAUCGCCGUCGCCCUCUUCAUCUCAUCGCCCAUCAACUGCUUGCACGCCACCACGGGCUCCGUGGCGGGCAUCCUGGCAGGCAUCAGCCUGGGCUCGCCGUUCCCGAAGAUCUACAAUGGCCUGUGGAGCUACAACGUGGUGCUGGGCUGCACCGCCGUGGGGGGGAUGUUCUUCGCGUUCACGUGGCAGGCACAUCUCGUGGCGGUUGCGUGCGCAUUCUUUUGUGCUUAUCUUGGAGAGGCCCUCAUGAACAUGAUGUCAGCGGUCGGCCUGCCUGCCUUAACUUGGCCCUUCUGCCUGGGCACGCUCGUCUUCCUGCUGAUGAGCAGCGGGCUGCACGGCGUCUACAAGCUGCCGCUGUCCGAGGUGACGUACCCCGAGGCCAACCGGCGCUACUACCUUCCAGCAGCAGCAGCAGCGGCAGCAGCGGCAGACGGCCGACAGCACCGGCGGUGCCAGCAAGGAAAACAACGCCGCGAUUGUUUGAGCGGAACCAAAAGGGUGCCCAGAGGGCACCGAACACGCCGAACGCUACAACAACAGGAAGACUCCGCUGACCACCGCCGCUACCAUGCCUCCUUCUUGGCUCGUGCAGCUGCCGCUCCUCUUAAGGGAAGGGGGGGGGGGGGGCAUUCGGCAAGCUCACCAGGUCUGCCGCCAGCGCGACAAGGGAGCACACAUUAGGACGUGCAUUCAGCAAACCGAUGUUCGCGCCCGAUGUCUGCCUAGGGGAUGAAAAAAUGCUCACGUAUCAUUAUUAUUUGUUGGUGACCGCACGCGAGAUACAUUUUAUUCUCAACAAGCAUAAAAAACGAAAUUUGUUCCGGCGUGUUGCGGCAUUUCGCUCGGCUCGUCGCGAGCGCGGAUUUUUUCAAAGUUGACACCAAAAAAUGUGGAGGCCCCUUUUUGCGGUCGGCCGCAAGCGCAGUCAGCGACGGGGCCGGGCCGUGUCGUCGUUUGAAGUCGCGGGAUUUGGCGUCCGUGGAGGUUGUCCCGUGAGCUAAAUACUGCACGUGCACGAGUCUCUACCUGCUGUCCCAGACGAUGAGGCAGGUGGAUGCAAUGUGGUGUUCCACCGAUCUGACAUGAAUUACAUUUUUUUUAAUGGUUUGUUGAAUUAUGGCUUGGCUUUAAAAAAUAUAUUAUUAUAUUUUAAUUGUGCCAUUUAUAUUUGAUGGAAACGUUUCCAUUUGGAACUCUUCAGCCAGAAGUGCAUCACUCUGUGUUAGAGAGUGGUUCUAGAAAAUGACAGAACGACUUAUUUCAACAGGAUAAAAAUAAACUGAAAACGUAUUUAAUUAAAUAAAUCGCCAUCCAUCUAUAUUUUCAAAUGAAAAUGUACGAUAGUGUUUUGGCCUCCUGGGUGCACGUUAACCAUUUUGCCACAGUGGCGAGAUAUUAACUACCUCGCCCUCCUAUACAGGAGGUCGUGGGUUCGGUCCCGACCGUGACACCUGAAUAUUUGGAGUUUUUAUGUUUUCCGGAUCCUCUGGUUUUCUCUCCAUAUUUAGAAUAAACAUGCAUGUGGAGUAUUUGGCUGCUAUAAAUUCCCACGUGAUAAGCCACUUCGUUGAGCUGUCAUUUGUUAGGUUGCUUUUGAAAAAUAGUUAUAUAGCUCAGUGGGCCUUACCUAGGAAAAUAAAAAAUAAUCUUUUUUGCAGUAUUAAACAAGCAAACUCUGGAACAGUUUGCCCUUUUGGGAUUCAUCAGCAGAGUUUGAUGUAUUAAACAAAAAUUAUGUUUGAAGAUGUUAUGGACAACCACCUCCUCUACACCAUCGGCUGUCAGUGCACAUCAGUGUUGUAUAAUACGUCACCAGGAGCUGUAUGGAGAAGAAGU